AUUUAUUUUUUCUGAUUUUUAUUUUUAUUUAUUUUCCUUUUUUUUCUUGUUAAUAUUAAUUGUGAUCUUUAUCAAUUGUGUUUCCUUCAUCCUUUUUGUUAAAUAUUUACUCUGUAAUCAAAUCAUAAUGAGUAUCCAAUUGACCUUUGUUACAACUUUUUUAUACAUUGAAAUUGUUAUCAUGUUAAUUUCAUUGCCAAAAAAUUCAUCAACUGCUCCAACAGUUUCACAUCCAGAAUCUAAUUUAUUUGAUCAAUUUUGCCUUAAUUCUACAAAUUUUAAUUCUAUCCAGCAUGAUAAAUUUAUUUAUAUAAAUAAUUUUAAUCGAAAUGCUAAACCAGUUGACAGUAGAAACUUACGAAACUCUUCCCCUCUGGUUCCCGAUCCAAGUAGUAGUACAAUUGAAGUGUUAGAUCGUAUUAAAAGAUUAAGUAAACCACCUAAUGGUCGUAAAAAUCGGCGUAAAAAUCGUAAAACUACUUGCCGACGGAAUUCACUUUAUGUCGAUUUCAGUGAGGUCGGUUGGAACGAUUGGAUUGUCGCACCUUUGGGUUACCAAGCCUUCUAUUGUGUCGGUGAAUGUCCUUACGUCCUCAACGACAGUCACAAUGCAACUAAUCAUGCGAUCGUCCAAAAUUUAGUUAAUUCAUUUACACCCAAUAAGGUACAAAAAUCUUGUUGUGUUCCCACUGAACUUUCAUCGAUAUCAAUUUUAUACGUUGAUGAACAUGGGAAAGUUGUUCUUAAAAAUUAUCAAGACAUGGUAGUUGAAGCUUGUGGAUGUCGAUAAAAGGACAAUUUACUCAAAUGUAAUAUCACUGCCAUAAACAAUUACAAGGACACAAACACAAACACUUUAAACUUAAAGAAAUUAUUCCCUCUUUGUGAUAAUUCAUAAUGCGAACAAUUUGCUUUUGUGGAUCGAGCUCUUCGACUGAUCGACUAAGACGACUAGAUUCUUGAAAAUCAGGCAAAAGAACAUAAGCAAUAAAAGGUUUCGUCUGAUGGACAGUUAACCAAUUUGUGUUUCGAGUUUUUGGCCAUUUAUAGUCGAUUAUUUUCUCGAUUUUACUGAAACUACUGUUGGUGUUAAAGUAAACAUUGUCCCCUUCCAAUUUGGGGACAUUGACAUAAACCACUUCAGCAUCAGGAUCCACACGUAGACUACAAUUAUUAUUGAGAGUGGUUUUCACUCCAAUCAUGUUUACCAUGAGGUGUUAACAAUAAAGUGUGUUAAAGGAUAAAAUUGUUAAGAAAAAAAGAGAGAAAGAGAGAGAGAGAGAGAAAGAGAUACAAUAAAACUGAGACAAAAUGUAAAGAAAUAUUUUCACGUUGACAAAAAGAUUGAAUAUAAAACAAUGACUGAGAUCACGAGAGUUCAUCAUUUGCAUGAUUUCAUUAUCACUCAAUUUACUGCGCAAACUGGAGGGUGCCUUUAUCUUGCUGGUGUUCUUGGAACAGGGAAAAAAGCUACUGUUAGAAGUGUGCGAAGAUCUGUUGAAGAAAAUGCGACCAAACUAAAUAUAAAGAAAAAGUUACAUCGCUUCAUUGAAGUCAAUUAAAGAUCCUAAUCUUUUAUUAUUCAAUCCUUCAAAAGAAUACCAAAUUUUCCGUUAGAUGGCGGCAGACUUCAAAAAGAAUAGCUUCUUAUGAGGUCGAUAGAUGGAGACAAGUUUGGAUUUUGAAAAAACUUUUCCAUUUUUUAUAGAAACGUCAAGUUGGAAACAUUUAAUUUCCUUUUCUGAAUUUGUAGUUUUUGCAAUCAGUUUAGAAUUAAAAAAAAUUUUUCAUCUUGGUGAGAAAAUAUUUAAUUUAUUC